AUGCCUUUGGUCAACGGCACCUCCUUUGCGGCAGUCGUCGUCCUGGUCUAUCUUUCCACCUUUGUCCUGCUUGCCAUCUUCCGAAUCGUGACCGGUGUUUCAAUCCAAAGAAUUGGUUAUUUCAGCUUCAGACAUAUCUCCUACACUCCAAGAGAAGGCUUAAGGAUAGACUUGCGUGGUAUAGGCCUGAGCUUGCACAGGCCGACCUUUGCGCAGCCGUCAUGGAUCAGCCUAGUCUUCGAGGAGCUAAAGAUUACUCUUGAUCCUGCGACCUUUGAGAAUCCACCGGCACCUCCUGCCGAUCGAACAGGCGAAAAUGACAAGCAGGAGGCGGUUAAUCCUGCUCGCAGCGGAAUCAAGAGUCGCAUGGGCAAGAGAAGCCAAUUGUGGAAGAAAUUGACCAAUGUCAAAGAGCGCAUCAAGCGCAUCCACCGCCAAAUUCACCUUCUUCGCCUGUUUGAUGUCGUUGCCACCAACACAACUGCCGAGGUUGUAGGAGUUGGUUAUGUACAGAUUUCGAGUUUCACAGCGGCAGUCUAUACCAGGCGAAAACUUCUCGACAGAGGUCGUCUGUUUCGCCAUAAGAAAGACCCCUUAGGCGGGCAAAAGCCUGCGGAAUGGGUCUUCACAGUCAAGAGCAUAAUCAUGGGCGUGGGUGGCCGUGAUCCAAUCGAGGUUCUGGAUGGCAUGACCAUAAAUAUCCACGGUCUCUUGUACAAGGAGCGAGAAGGACUUCGCGAUACUUCAAUUGCCAUCAAGGCUGGCCGGCUCUACGUGCCUGUUGACGAGAUCACCCAAUUUUCCCGUCGAGGUAAGCGCGAGAUGAAAAAUCACCAGACUUCUCAAAUCUUGAGCCCGAUCGAAGAAAUCUCCUUUGAAGAUGUGGCCGAGGAACUCGACAACCCAGGCAGUCGGGAGGCUUCAAUCGUUCAGACUGUGGCAGAUUCAAAAGAGUUCUUCAGUUCCAUCCUUCAAAGUGUCCAGGAGAUCCAGCUUGCAAUGAGUUUCGUCCGCAUUUCCAAGGAGAUUGAGUCCUUACGCCAGGCAAAUCUACCGCUGACCGCUAAUGUAGUCAUCCAUGAAAUUGGAAUCGAUUUGCAUAGACUCGACCAAAAGUCCCCAGCUCAUCGGACAUAUUUCUCAAGAGACGACAUUGCUCAUCAAGCUUUGGUGGCUGCCUUAUCAAUAUCCGUUAGUCUGGACGAGGACGACUCCCAGACGAACAAGAUUAUGUAUAUCCCAAUGGCAACUACCACCAUACGGACUACGUUGCCAGCGAAGACUAUGAGCUUCACUCAACAUCGUGAUGUCGCUGAGCGGAACACCAACAUACUGUAUGCAAAUCUCGUUGUCACCUCACCGUCUGUCGACUUGGUCCCGCAACAUCUAAUCCGGCUUCUCGCGAUUGCACAACACAGAGAUCCACCACAAACUUCUUCGUCAAAUCGUCAUCGCCUAAUAUCUAGGUUACUGCCUAAAGCAAAUAUCAAACUUUCAAUUCAUGAGCCCGUGGUCAGAUUCAUACUACCAGUUGCCGAUCGUACACAUGCGGCUCCCGGCGAAUAUGAUAUGAUCAUCUCUUCAAUUUCGUCUGUUUCACUAGAUGUGGAAUCUUCUCAUUCGGCGGUGGGAGAGCUUUCGUAUUCUCUGGACUCAAACUUUCGCAUAAUGUCGCACCAGCUCUAUUACCAAGCAUCGACAGGCAUAAAACAUAAUCUGGUCCUUGCAGAGGCAUUGGAAGUCAAGACCCAGGUCGUUGCUUCAACAGAUGUCUCAGUCAUCAUGUCUGGAAACCUCCGCACUUUCUCCGUCCUCAUGGUGCGGCAAGAAGUCAGCCAAGGCAUCUAUAAUAUAGUCAGGCACUUUAAACGUCAUGGCGUGAAGGAUAAUGCGGCCACGCCGACCAAGAUCGCACCCACUGCCUUCUUGAGGAAACUGCCUUCAUGGCUUCUAGAGGUCAACUUUGAGGGUUCGGGUUGUAGUAUUGAAACUGCAGCUAUAGACUCUACUAUCUCUACGCAGACUCGAGGAGUUGCCUUGGAGCUGGAAUCGUGGACAGCUCACUAUCAGUCCUCGCGAACAGAAGCUCCAAAGAAGCCUGGACUGACAAGAAGGAAAACCAGUACUUCUGCCCGUUUUGACGAGACAUUUGCAACUGGAAAACAUACAUCACACCCGAUAUCACCUCCGCGCCGGCACGAUAGCGAUCCCACGGACGGACGGCGGCUUGCUGUGCAUGUAAAGGGCUUUGAGGGCUACAUAAUUGAGUCGCUCGACACUUGGGAGCCUCGGCCGUUCCUAUCUAUUCCCAGAUGUGAAGUGGCGCUCAGUACAUCACGGGAUCACCAAGGCCCGUUGUUCCAUAUACACUCCGUCGUUCGAUCCAUCUAUCUGGAAUUUUCAUUGUACAGAUUUUAUUCAUUUGGUGUAGGAGCUUCAUUCUUAAAAGAUGCCUUUCUGGGCCCAGCAUCUGGUACUACGAGCUUGCAGAAGCUUUCACAGCCUGGUCCGGAUGACAGCCAAACCGAAACUAGUCAUCCAAUCGCGCCUCCAGGCUCUGAAAUCACGGCCAUUGAUUUCAAGGCGAGUUAUGUCCAGAUAAAAGGCCAGAUGCCCUCGGACCCAGCAGUUCUCUUACAAGUAUUUGACGUCUCUGCUGGGCGUCACAGAUGGUCUGCACCGUUCUUACGAUCCCAUUUAGUUCGCUUACACGCCGAAGCACCUCAUCUAAAGCGCGUAUGGGCACGAAUCGCAAACGCGAGCAACAUUCGCGUUGACCUUCGUCAUAACAAGAAAAAGUCUUCUCACGGAACGGUAGAAGAAAAGUCGAUCGAUGUAUCGUCGGACUUUGUACGGCUGGCUGUUCCGCAUGGACUUCAAAUGUACAAGGUCUUUGAUAACUUCAUCAACACUGGCAAGGCAAUAGCACAACUCAAGCAUCGUUUCCAAACAAGAACGAAUGAGUAUAUUUUGAGGAAGGAUCCUGUGGGCCCUAAGAAGAUACCCCGUGUAUCCUUGCGUUGUAAGGCAAUUUGUUUAGAGUUCGAAGAUGACCCUUUCGAGUGGAAGCUCGGCGUUAUUUACAACAUUGGCCGCAUAGAACAGAAACAGCGACUGGCACGAGCAGAUGCUUUCCGACUGAAGGUCAAAAGACUGAACGAAGAAAGGGUGCCACGAUCCUCGUCACGGUACAGGACUCAUUCAAGUCGUCGGGCUUCCCCAGUUGCAGCUUCUGACCACCACUCACGGCGAUCCAGGAGCUUUGACAAUAAACAGACUCCUCGAAAACGAUCUACCUCCAGAGGACGGCGUGGCAGAGAAUCAGGCAAGAUCCGUUACGAUCGUGAUGGAGUUUGUGCCCUAACAAAUAAAGCCAAAAUCCAUGCCAAAGAAGCUUGGGAGAAACUUGAAGCGCACAAUGCUCGAAGCUGGAAGAGGAGAAUUGACUGGAUGACACAGCUGCAAACCAACACCAUCAGGAAUAUUCGCCAAAUGUUCGCCGGAGCUGAUGAUCCCCCUGAAGAUUCCGAGGAGCAUGAAGCAAUCUUGAGUAUCCCGAAUCGACCUGGUCUGAUGACCCUGAUUAUCAGCGAUCUGCACCUUGUCAUCGACAAACCUUCUUUUCCACAGGCGGAGCUGCCUAAGUUUUUACAUGACAUUGGGAAGGGUAUGCCUUACGACACUGAAUAUGCUCUCUUAGUCCCCGUCAGUCUCGCGCUUGACAUGGGCGAGGCCCGUGUGCUGCUUCGCGACUACCCUCUAAACCUCCUCCAUAUUCCAGCCAUUCGUGCGGGCCAGCCGCCAAGAUUACCAAGUUGGUCCUUACGCUCAGACUUUGUAAUCGCUGAAGAGUUCCGGGACGAUCAAUCUACGAGACACGUCAAGGUGGACAUAGUACCUAGAGGUCAACAUGACGAUGAUGGAGGUGACAUCCCAGGGUUCGCAAUCGACGUCAGGAGAACAGUGUCACCCGUCAAGACUUUUUCCCGACCAGUGAUCGAUAUUAACACAAGCCUACCGACCGCCAUCUCUUGGGGCACAUCGUAUCAACCUGUGAUUCAGGACAUGAUGAUGAUUAUCGAAGGGUUCACCAAACCCGAGAUCGAUCCUUCUGAUCGCGUUGGCUUUUGGGAUAAGAUUCGACUUAGUUUCCAUUCGCGUCUGACUGUAAAUUGGAAGGGUGAUGGCGAUGUGCAGUUGCGUCUCAAAGGUUCAAGGGAUCCGUAUGUUGUAACCGGCUACGGAGCUGGAUUUGUGAUGUGCUGGAGAAACGAUGUCCAGUGGUCAAUACAUUCUGGGGACGACCCCCGGAAUUUUAUGACCGUAAGGAGUGGAGAGUAUGUGCUGGCUAUACCGGACUACAGCCACGAAGCCCGUAAUUCACCUGAACAAAAGGCGACCCAGGACAAUGACAGCCUGUCUACCGUCAGCUCACAAAAGAAUGCUGCGAUUUUCAAAAAGGUUAUCAUGAAGGUUUCUGGCAAUGUUCAAUGGACUGCAGGGCUUGUUUUUGAACGAGACUUGGAGAAAGGUGGCCGAUCUUCCAUCUUCGAGCCUCAUUAUGCUGUUGUUUUGAAGAACCCUAAUUCGUUGCACGACAUCGAUCUCAGGAAUUACGAUGCUUUCCGAGGGUUCAGAAGCAAUCAUAUCCAUCUCUCCGUAGCAGUUGCUGCCCCAUACGACAGAGACUGGUUGAAGGGCGACUCUACUCCGUCGGAAAGUUACAAUAGCGUUCAUCUCAGCCCCAGAUUCUUUACGCAUUUCUUUAAUUGGUGGUCUUUGUUCUCGGGGGUGAUGUCUCUUCCUAUACGUCAAGGGCAAUUAUGGAGAGGGCCUGAGAAGACAAGUAAAAAGUUCGGCAGACAUCUGGCAACCAUCAAGUAUGGUCUUUUGCUGUCGCCUCUCUUCAUUGCUCACGUCUAUAAGCACAAGGACGCGGAGGACUAUCAAGAAGACGUCGUUUCUGCGACUGGAUUAAAGAUCAAAAUUGAUAGCUUCAUGCUGGAUCUUCAUCAACGGAGAGAGCACUUCGAUACAUUAUCCAAGGGGAAAUCCGAGCAAAUGAGAACCAGUGCCAUGAAAAUCAACAAAGCCGAGCUUGACUUCAUACGGGCAGACUUAAGGGCAGUGGCUGCAAGUAUAGGUGGUACAACCGCGGAGGAACUUCAGAAGACAACAGACGAAAUGCUCUCGUCAUAUCAAGACACACCUGUAAAUGUGGAUUUGUCUCAGUUUACCAUUCCCGACCACGAUUUUACCUGGAUUGACAUGGACGAUUUUGUCGAAUUGGAUUGGGUGCUUCCUUCGGAGUCGAAUCCUGAAACCAGGAUCUUACCAUUGGCAUUUACUCCUCGUUUUACGUACUUCCGCCAAACAGACCAGGGAAAUGCUAUACAAGGUGAUGAAUCGCGUGUUAGUCCAUUUGGAGACGAAAACACCCAUUUUUGCGUCAUGUCCCAUCACAAUGAUCCACGAAAAGUACAAAUGAAUUUGAUCGAGGAUCGGCUUCAUGAUUUGGAGGAAAAGUUGCAGGCUCACAAUCGUUUGAUGGCUGAGCAUGAACUCCAAGUUGUUCGAGAUGGUGAUCAUGACAAGUCCAUCAGAGAUAAACACGAAACCCUCAUUGCUCAACAGAAAGAAUUGGAGAGUAAACAAAGAUUCCUCCAACACGGACUUCGCCGGUUAGCUGGACAUGUCAAUCCAGGAGAAAUCAACGAGCCCGGUUCUGGCUUGAAGCACGGCAGUACCGCGACAACAAUGACGGAAACUGACGGUCAAUCUCCAGCUACACCGCACGUCGACAUGGAUGGCCUCUACUCAGCCUCCCAUGAUGAAUUUGCCAGUGAUUUCAACAAUCGAUUCAUCAUUCAUAACGCUCAGCUCAAGUGGAAUAACGCCCUUCGAAACAUUAUUCUCCGAUACAGCCAUCAAGUCAGUCAGCGGCGUGGAUUUGUUUACUAUAUGUCACGUCGAGCUGUCAAGUUUAUUCUUGACAUAGUUGAUGAGCAAGCAAAAUCAAAAGAACGGCGCCGCCGACGAGAGCACAAGCAGGACCCUCAAGUGCCCCCGACCCCCAGCGUUAUUUCGCCCAGUGAGGAGAAAGACGAGGACUCAGUGGUUGAAGAUAGAAUCAAACAGCUACUGAAUGAUGCCAAACGUUUUGUCCACGCUGGUGACGAAGAGGAUGAUAAAUCCACGAGACAGGAGAGCGAGCCAUCUCCUGAUCGGAGACAUUCCUUCGUCAGCGAUAUUGGUGAAGGCAUUUCCGAAAAUUUCAAAGCAAUGAAUGGCUAUCACGUCCGACUAGUUGCGCCACAAAUUCAGCUCCAGAGUGAGAAGAACACCAAAUCUGUGGUCCUAGUCUCAGCCAAGGGCAUGCAACUGAAGGUCGUUUCUAUAAUGGAUAAAGAUCGAAUGGCUGAUGAAGUAAGUGGCAUGGUGCAGCGUCGCAUUGCCCUUGAUAUGGAUGGCGCUCAAUUCUUCGUGGCGAGCACGAAGACCCUUGCCAAAUACCUGCACCUUUAUUCAGGAAAUCGAUAUGGAAAUACUCCCGGUUCUUCAUGGCCUCCGUGGGUUUCCCUUGAAGCAAUGUUCGAUUUUCAUCUAGACCCUUUCGGCUUUCAAAGAGUCAUCCAGAAAACAUCGGCGAGUCUGCGGUACGAAAAGUACAAUGCUCUUCGGUUGAAAUAUAAUGAAGAGGUGGAGAGCAAUGAAACUGGUGAAGUCAAACAUCCAGCACGGAAAGAGAAUCGUAUUGACCAUUUAUGGGUUGAUUUCCCUCGUGUUCGCGCUCGUUGCGAUUCAGCACAAUACUACGCCAUGUACAUCAUUGUAUUGGACUUGCUCCUCUACAGUGAACCUCUGGAAAAGACCCGCAGUGAGCGACUGGAAAAGAUUAUGCUUGCUUCUGAUUUCAGCGACCUGCGGGGUGCCCCUGAAAUGGCAGAAAGCUUACAAGAGAGAAUCCGACAACUUGAGGAUCUCAAGCUUCACUUCCAAAUCAAUGCCAAAUAUUUAGAUAAACAGGGUUGGCAAGACCGGAUCAAUCUUGAAAAAGACCUCGCGAACUGCGAAGACGAAUUGUUUUUCAUCAUGAAGGCGAUCAACACCUCUCAGCACAAGACUGACGACCGCAAGUCAUCUCAAUCUAGCGGACUGUUACGGUGGUAUUUGAGUGCGUCAGAGGUAGUCUGGCAUCUCAUGCGCGACAAGGAUGACCCAUUGCUCGAGUUCCAGCUAGGAAAUGCGGCAUAUGAGCGCAUCGACAACACCGACGGUUCAAACCACAAUGCGCUUGAAAUAGAACAUAUACGAGGUUGGAAUCUACUCCCCAAUGCAAUCUACCCCGAAAUCAUUGGUCCAUACUUCGAGACCUCUGACCGACGACCAAGCAUGCCCGAAGCGAAGAAAAUGGUCCUGGUACACUGGUACAUGCUUGAAGCCAUCGCUGGGAUACCAGUCCUAGAACAAUUCCACGUCACAGUGUUCCCGAUUAAGGUACAGCUCGAGCGCGAGCUAGGUAAGAAGUUAUUUGAGUAUAUCUUUCCUGGUGUCGGAUCGAGCGCUUUUGAGAAUGGUAAUUUUUCACCCCUAAUGGUCAAGAACAUGCAACCCAUUGAAGAUGGCGAAGAUCCAGAUCUAGAGGAAGCACGAGUAGCUUUGAUGACGGGAAGUGAUAGUCGGGCUUCUACUAGCAUGGAGGCAAAACGCGACACGUCACCUGGAGCAAUGGCUAGGAGGCUGAAGCCAACCUACACACUCGAAUGCGCCCCUAUCAAUCGUACUAGCACAGCGGCAACGAAUAAGAAGGGUUUAGGGAUCUCUUCCGAGCACCACCGAUUUUUCAAACACUUCAAUUCUUCCAACGCGAGAGCUGCAGCACUUGGUCCCCUUAACGCAGGCCCGGCGCGGAAAUCCUCAGCCAGUAGCCUUCGCUCGAAGAAGAAUGAAGCGUCUUCCACCAGUCUUGUCGCCCUGGUUAAUGGUGAUGAGAAGAAAAGAGGUGCACUCCAGCGCGGUGUAAGCCGGGAGCGUGGCUUGGGGAGCAAGAAUAAGAAGGACAAAGCUGCCGAUGAUCUCUCACAAAUGAUGUCUCGGGCCUCUAACUACAUGACAUUGGCACAUGUGAAGCUGAACAGUUUUGUUAUCUGUCUGAGUUACAAAGGCAAAAGUGACCGCAACUUCGAAGACUUGCACGACUUCGUUUUCCGCAUGCCGACGCUCGAGUAUCGCAAUAAGACCUGGUCUAACCUCGAUCUUGCCUUGAAGCUCAAGAAGGAUGUCAUCAGAGCGCUGAUCUCUCACACAGGAGCCAUCAUUGGUAAUAAGCUCUCUCAUCACCGUCCGAAUAAAAAACAAGUCGAGAGGCUAAAGGAGAUCGCACACACAUCCACACUGGGCAACUCCGAGCUCAAUCUCACAACAAAGUCUACUUCGGAGACCACGAGUCUCUACUCUUUCUCUCAGGACAGCAAGGACGAUGAUUUUGAGUCUGGAAUCUCAUUUCAAUCACCGACCGGCACAAACGGACACAAAAAUGGCAACUUUGGAUCCUUCGGCGGCCCGCUCCUGCGCAGUGGCAGCUGGACAAGCAACAUGAACAACUACCCUAUAAGCAGCCCCAACCUAUCCACUCUCCCGAUUCCAAGGUCAAUCCCCGUCCCGCCUGUACCAUCGUCGACGUUCGCGUCUGGCACCUCCACCCCACUUGACCCUUCAAGAAGGCCCAGUACGGCGACAGGAUCUCGAAGCCUACUGAAAGACACCAUCGGACGCCACUUUUCGAGUGAUACGGUCAAAGAGAGAGCGUCCUUUAGACCGCUUAGUCUAGGAAAGAGCGAAGGCAAAGAUAGCGGAAGCAAGGAACGCGAGAAGGAUCACAAGGACAAGGACAAGGACCAUCACGGUCACCACGAGGAUGGUGUAGAGAGUGACCCCGAAGGCCAUAAGAAGAAGAGUGUACUGCUUCUGGGGAAGAAGUACUUAAAUCGGCUGAGUUGA